UUAUAACUUAUAACUUAUAAGUAACUAGCUCCUACGAUUAUACUUCAUGUCGGCAAGAAGUAAAAAGAUUAACAAUAUGGCUUAUGGCAAGCUUUGCCUUUUACUGCUUAUUCUUUCUGGUCUGUCUCUAACUAUACAUGCCAAGCUUUCAUCUAAUUUUUACUCUUCUACUUGUCCAAAUGCUCUCACUAUUGUCAAGCAAGAGAUUGCGAAAGCCAUAAAAAUCGAGGCUCGAAUCGGAGCUUCGUUACUUCGCUUGCACUUUCAUGGUUGCUUUGUCAAUGGUUGCGAUGGAUCACUUCUUUUGGAUGAUACUUCAACUUUAUUAGGCGAAAAAACAGCUAAUGCUAAUAACAACUCAGUUCGCGGGUUUGAGGUUGUAGACAACAUUAAGGCCAAUUUAGAGAAGGCUUGCCCCGGAGUUGUGUCUUGUGCUGAUAUUCUUGCUAUUGCUGCUCGUGAUGCUGUUGUUUAUUAUGGUGGCCCAUUUUGGAAAGUAAAAUUAGGAAGAAGAGACUCUCUCACUGCCAAUAGAAGUGCAGCCAAUGUGUUUAUCCCUCAACCUUCUUUCAAUCUUAGUAAUCUUACCUCAAGUUUUGCUACCGUGUGUUACAAAUUAUAUGUAGUUUUAGGAUUGUGCGGGCAUACCGUUGGGUUUGCGAGGUGCACAAGUUUUCGGCCACACAUAUACAAUGACACGAACAUUGAUUCGGCCUUUGCCAAAUCGCUUCAGAACACGUGUCCGCGAAGUGGAAACGACAACGUUUUGCAGCCCCUAGAUUACCAAACAAGGUUUCGUUUUGAUGACAAGUAUUACCAGAAUCUAUUGGUUAAGAAAGGUUUGCUUCAUUCGGACCAGCAACUUUACAAUGGGAAUAAAGCUGAUUCUCUUGCUAAAAAGUAUGCUAUGAAGCAAGGCGAUUUUUUUAAGGACUUUGCUAAAAGCAUGAUUAGGAUGGGGAACAUCAAGCCACUCACUGGAAAUAAUGGCCAAAUUAGGACCAAUUGCCGUAAACCUAAUUAGGAAAACUUAAUUUCUCGUAUAUAGAUGUUAGCUAAUUUAGUUUGUGAUGUUUGAAGGUGAUAUCUAAGGCUUAAAAUAGUCCAUAGAGCAAAAAGUUAUUGUCUAAUGUCUUAUAUGUUCAUAAGAUUGAUCAAUGUAAGAAUAAUGGUUGUGAUACGUCCAAAAUCUUACCUAAAUAAUGUAACAUUUGUUGUGCUUCCA